UUAAAUUUAAUUCAGUUUUUCGCUCUCUUCUUCUCUUAUCUAUUUCCUUACCGAUUAAGAGUAAGAGACCAUGACACCUCACACUCACAAUACUCUUUCCUCAUUUUUCUUUUUCGUCGCCGUCGUGACCUUACCAUUCACGGCGGCAGCGACUGCAACAAACUUCGGCGACCUUCCGGGGUUCCGAGAGGCACCUGCAUUUCGAAACGGUAGGGAAUGUCCCAAAACGACAUGGUCAUCAGCAGUGGAGAAGAACUCCUUCAACCCUUCCUUAAUCCACAUCGCUAUGACUCUCGACGUAACCUACCUCCGCGGCUCCGUCGCUGGCGUCUUCUCCGUCCUCCAACAUGCUUCGUGCCCGGAGAACAUCGUCUUCCACUUCAUCGCCACGCACCGACGCGCUGAGCUCCGGCGAGUUAUUGCCGCCACGUUCCCGUACCUGAGCUUCCACCUCUACCACUUCGACACCAACCUCGUCCGCGGAAAGAUCUCUUAUUCCAUCCGACGCGCCCUCGACCAGCCGCUGAACUACGCGCGGAUCUACGUCGCCGACCUCUUACCCGCCGGGGUUCGCCGCAUCAUCUACUUCGACUCCGAUCUGAUUGUCGUGGAUGACGUGGCGAAGCUUUGGAGCAUCAAUUUAGGCCGCCACGUGGUCGGAGCUCCGGAGUACUGCCACGCCAACUUCACAAAUUAUUUUACCCAAAAAUUCUGGUCUAACCCGGUCUUCACGGCGUCGUUUCGGGGAAGAAAGCCCUGUUAUUUCAACACGGGGGUAAUGGUGAUCGAUCUAGGCAGAUGGCGCGAAGGUAAGUACACGGAGAAGGUGGAGCACUGGAUGCGGGUCCAGAAACGGUACCGGAUCUACGAGCUCGGAUCCUUGCCUCCGUUUCUACUGGUUUUUGCCGGAGACGUUGAGAGAGUAGAGCACAGGUGGAACCAACAUGGGCUCGGAGGUGACAAUCUGGUGGGCCUUUGUAGGGACCUACACCCUGGGCAAGUGAGCCUCCUCCAUUGGAGCGGAAAAGGGAAGCCAUGGCUUAGAUUGGACUCCAGAAGGCCCUGUCCGUUGGAUAGUUUGUGGGAACCGUACGAUCUGUUCCGUCACUCUUCGUUAUUCUCAGACAGCUGAGAUUGAGAAAAGAUAGGAAUGUGCAUCGUGAAUCAUGGAAGCCCGUCGUUUCAUAUUCUUUUAGUCUUUCCUUACGACGUCGCAUCGUCGUUCGGGUUGGAAUCGUAGCAGACACGAGUGAAGCUGAAUCGGACUAAAGCAUGGAGAAGAAGGAGAGAGUGAAAAGACGGUUGAGGACAAAACAUUCUGCCAGCCUGUACAGACGUCGAUAGUAUUUUUAUUAUUUUAUUUAUUUUAUGUUCCUUUUUCUCUCAAGAGAAAUCAAAAAUUUGAAGAUAACAUUGUUUUUGUCUCCUCCUCCAUCGGUAAAAAAAAUUGACUGCCGUUAAAGAUUGA